AUGACGGAUUGGGAGAUGUUGGUCGAGCAAUAUCGUGCUGAAGCGGAACGAUACAAACAAGAAGCGAACGAAGCAAAAAAUGAACUGAAAGACUUUGUAACGUUUAGUCAACAGAUUGAAACCGAGCUGGAUAAGGAAUUGAAUGCAGCUAACUUGUCGUUAAGUAAACGUGAAAAGGAAAUUGCAGUUUUGAUACAAGAGCGAGAUCGAUAUAAGGAGGAAAUUCAACGGUUCCGUGCGGAACAGUAUAGCAAGGAUAUGAAACUUAACGACGAAUUACAAGAACUUAGAGCUGAAAAAGAAAAUUUAUUAAAUGCUGUCCAUAAACUUGAGCAAAAAAACGAUGAUUUAGAGAGAGAAUUGAGAAUAACAUGUGAGACUCUCAAGGACACUGAAAGAAAGUUAAACGAAGAAUUAGAGAUGCGAGCGUUGCUUAUUACAGAACUUGAUAGUAAAGAAGACCUAAAGAUCCGUUGUCAGAGACUAGAAGAUGAAGUUCGAGAUUUAAAAUUAGAUGGCAUGAUAAAAGAUACAAAACUGUCCAACUCACUUUCUAAUCAGUCUAAUGGAUCGCCUGUUACUCAGGAGAACCAUAGUUCCGGGAAUUUAAUUCAGAUGAAAAAUGGACGACAGAAUAAUGGAACAUUACAGCCUGGAAGAUCAGUAAAAAAUGGUCUCACUUCGUGUGAAAAUUAUGAUCUUUGUGCACAAGAUGUUAAUAGGAAAAAAUUAUUCAGCGAUGCAAGUUCGAAUGGCAUUGGGUCACGUGUGAAUUCCUUACCUCCUUCAUUAGCAAGUAGUGUUUCACCAGUCAUCGUCAACCUUCUUGAAACAAUUCAGGCUCUUGAGGAAAAGCUACUCAUGCUGCAUCCAGAACGGAGGACAAAUGUGGAAAAUGGGUUUGGGGCAGCAAGUCGACAUUGA